AUGACAAAGAGCGAGACGAACAAAGCGCCGGAGGUUAGCAAACGAGGAGGUCACCGCCCGCACCGCAACUCGACGACGUCCAGCAAGAAGGCUGGAUCGGAGAUGGUUGUCGAGGAGGUUGCGAGGAUGACUCUCGCCGACGGCAGGCCCGUCGUGGACGUUUCGGUAGGCGGCAAGUCCGGCCUGAAGGGCGGAAUCCCCACGCCGAACGCCAUACCCGCCCCGAACGCCAUACCGGCGCCGCUGCCGCUCCCCAAGUCGGCAGCGGCGACCAGUGGCGAGGCUGUCGGCGACAAGCCGAAGAAGCCUCGCGGCGGCAAGGGGAAGGGCGGAGCCAAGGACAACAGGCCCGCUGACUCCCCCGCUGAGGGUGCGAACGGUGAGGCCAAGGCUGCGAAGCCCAAGGCGCGGCGGGGUAAGGGUGGAGGCAAGGAAAAGCCCGACGCGGGUAACGUCGUCGAGGUUGAGGUGCAUCACAAAGUCGAGGCAAAUGGAAGUGAGGGGAAGAAGGCGAUCCCCGCGCCCAAGGGUGGCGCGGCGUUCGUUCCCCCCAAGUCGGACGGCGACGCUCCCAUCAACGAGGAUUCUAAGUCCAAGGCUGCCCGUAAGGGCGUCAUCCCCCUUCCCAAGGGCCACCCCGCCCUGGACAGUGCGGUCAAGCCGGAGGGUGCGGAGAAGAAGGUCAAGGCUAAGAAGGAGAAGAAGCCGAAGGCGGAGAGGGUGGACAAGGAGAACGGCGACGCCAACGGCGAGGCCGCCGCCGAUGCCGAUACCGCCGACCCCACCGCCACGCCCAAGCCCAAGAAGAAGAAGGAGCCCAAGGAGAAGAAGGAUGACGGCAGCGGCGUGAACCGAACGCUCGCGCAAACCGCCGGGAAGGAGAUUCGAAGGCACCUGGAGACGGGCAACGUGGACGCCGCCAUGUCCGUCUUCGAUGCCAAGCACAAAGUCGGCGGCAUCGAUUUGCAGACGGCGACAACCUUGAUCAUGGGGCUGGUGCGCGCGUGCCACCUCGCGGAGUCCAUCCAGGUUGCCGACUACCUCAAGGAGCGAAACAUGAAGAUGCCGCUGCGACAGUUCACCGCCAUCAUCACCGGCAUGUCGCAGCGCGCCAACCCCAUGGACGCCCUCGAGUUCCUCAACGCCCUCGAGCACAUCAUCAACUACGAAUCCAAGGCUGUGCACAACUACCACUUUCACUUCGCGAAGCUCGUGGUGCAGGAGUUUUUGGAGGAGGCGCUUCAGACGCUGGACCGCGUGGCCAACGCACCCGCGUUUGGACUGCAGGAGAGCGGACUCGCCGCGAUGGACGUGGUGAUCAACUCGUCGCACAAGGGUGGUCAGCUGUCGCUCAACAUUCCGGCCCUGGGGUACGAGCUUCAGCGCGGGCUGAUGAAGGGCGACACCGUGCUGCUCUCCCGCACGGGCGAGGCUGCGAGACAAAUGGGCGGCGAGAUGCCGAAGGGCCCUCGCGGCAACGGCGGCGACAUCGACCUCGAGAACCUGGUGAUGCCGACGGGGCCCAGGCGUGAUAACACGACGGGCCCGGUCGGUAGGGGCGGCGCGCGGGGUGGUGGUUGGCGCGCGGAUUACGAGUUUGAGGCUGAGGUGAGCGCGAUGUUUCCCAACCUCAGCGUGAAGCUCGUGGGGUGCACGCAGGCGCAGGCGCAGACCGUCCGGGGCGGCGGGUGGAGGGUUGACAAGCUCGCGAACCGAACGUCUUUCCUCCGUCAGCUCAACGCGCUCCAAGACAUGGUCGAGGUCAAGGCUGGUACGAGCCAGAAGGCGGGCGUCGAUCCCGCCAUCCGCGACAUCCUGGUUGCGGGUUGGGACCACAACCGCGCCGAUAUCAACGCCAUCCCGGACAUGUGCAGCGCCGAGCGCCACGAGAACCUCACCCUGAUGCAACGCCAGCGCAUGAUCGACAACGCGAUGGACCUGCAGGCGAUGGCGCACAUGAACAAGUCCCAGACGGACGCCCUGGAGGCUGCGCUGUUCCAGAGGGUGACGCUCAUCCAGGGUCCUCCGGGUACCGGUAAGACGCACACCGCCGUCGCGCUCGUGCAGAUGUGGCUCAGGAACCGCACCAGCCCCAUCCUGUGCACCUCGGACUCGAACAUCGCGGUGGAUAACCUCGUCGACGGUCUGUCUCGCGCGGGCGUCAGGGUGGCGCGCAUCGGCCGCCCCGAGGCUGUGCGACAGGAUCUCAUGCAGUUCAUGGUGGAGUCCAUCGCAGGCAUCGAACCCGGCUCCAACAUGAGCAAGGAUCAGCAGUAUCAGGCCAUCAACGGUGUGCUCCGACGCGCGGAGGUGGUGUGUGCCACGUGCGCGGGCGCGGGGUCUGACAUUCUCGAGAGGUUCUCCUUCCAGGCUUGCCUCAUCGACGAGGCUACGCAGGCGACGGAGCCUGCGACUGUCGUCCCGCUCACCAAGGGGUGCUCCCAGGUUGUGCUCAUCGGCGACCAGAAGCAGCUCCCGCCCACGAUCAUCUCGCGCGAGGCGGACGCGGCCGGUCUCGGCACGUCCCUCUUCGAGCGCAUGCUCGCGAGGGGUAUCCGGGCCUUCAUGCUCAAGGUGCAAUACCGCAUGCACCCCGCCAUCGCGGCGUACCCGAGCAAGGCUUUCUACUCCGGCGCCCUGUUGUCCGGAACGCCGCCCUCUGCGCGCCGCGCGCCGAUGGGCUUCGACUGGCCGGUCCCCGCGGUGCCCCUCGCGUUCGUGGACGUCCCCGACGGAUACGAGCGGUCGGAUGGCAGCUCGCAGACGAACCCGGUCGAGGCGCAGAAGGUUGUGAACAUCGUCAAGAAGCUCGCCGCGGGUCACGACGUCAUCUUUGGUGAGAUUGGCAUCGUCACCCCGUACAGCGCGCAGGUGCGCGCGAUCAAGCGCCUGCUAAACGGCAACAAACCGGAGGUUCGCAGUCGCUUCGACGCCCCCGCAGAUCCCAACACGCUCCAAGCCCUCGAGGUUUGCUCCGUCGACGGAUUCCAAGGGCGAGAGAAGGAGGUGAUCGUUUUUUGCUGCACGCGCGCAAACCCCAACGGCAACGUGGGUUUCCUCGCCGAUCCGAGGCGCGUGAACGUGAUGCUGACCCGCGCGCGCCGCGGGCUAAUCAUCAUCGGCAACCUCGGCACCCUGCGCCGGGACCCCGAGGUGUGGGGACCCUGGCUGCAGUGGGCUGGGGACAACGGCUUGAUUUGCGGCUUGGCCGCCGCCGACGCGGAUUCCGCGUCCAGGCUCGCCACCAUCGGCAUGAGCUCCCUCGAGGAGAUUGGCGGCCGUGGCGCGGGCGAGGUGAUGACCAUGGGCGCCAUGCUCUCGCCGACGAUGUGGGCCGGCGGGGGUGGGUCUGCCAGCGGGGGCAACCUCGCCGAUCUCGGGCCGACGAUGAAGGAACAGCGCGACACGGAUGUGCCUGACGCGUGGGACGACUCGGACGACGACGACGACGACGCCACCGGCGUGACGACCGAGACGGAGAGCGUGACCGUGAAGGGAUCCACCAACUCGCUCGUGGGUCUGGCGGACAGCGCGUGGGACGACGAGUCCGACAGCGAGGAUUCGUGAUUGAGGAUCAAUUUGUUUGGGGUGGGUUAAAGAAAAGACGGGGAGUCUCAUCUCCCCUGUCGAAAAGAUUAUUACGCGUAGCGGGAUUCAUAACGCAGCUAUUAUACUCGAUCGAA